CUCGCAGUGAUGGCUGCACCGCCCGAUGCGGAGAGUUUGGAGUCUCGUAUUAACAGAGCCACAAACCCACUCAACAGAGACACAGACUGGAGCAGCAUCCAUGCCUUCUGUGACCAGCUCAACAAUGAUCUGGAGGGUCCUCAGCUGGCCACCAGGCUCCUGGCCCACAAGAUCCAGUCUCCCCAGGAGUGGGAGGCCAUGCAAGCCCUGCUGGUUUUGGAGACGUGUAUGAAAAAUUGCGGGAAAAGGUUUCAUAAUGAAGUGGGCAAAUUCCGUUUUCUUAAUGAACUCAUCAAAGUAGUUUCUCCAAAGUACCUGGGCUCACGGUCACCAGAGCCAGUAAAAAAGAAGGUUUUGGAGUUGAUCUAUAGCUGGACUUUGGGGUUACCUGAUGAGGCCAAGAUCUCAGAUGCUUAUCAGAUGCUGAAAAAACAAGGUAUUAUCAAACAAGACCCAGAGCUGCCACCGGACAAACUACUGAACCUUCCUCCACCCAGACCCAAGAAUGCCAUCUUUGAGGACGAGGAGAAGUCCAAAAUGCUGUCUCGCCUGUUGAACAGCUCGCACCCCGAGGACCUGAAGGCCGCCAACAAACUCAUCAAGGAAAUGGUCCAAGAGGACCAGAGGCGGGCAGAGAAGGUGUCGAAGCGGGUGAACGCCAUUCAGGAGGUGAACGAGAGCGUCGCUCUGCUGACUCAGCUCCUGCAGGACUAUGACAGCACAGCCAGCGAUCAGAGCAACGCUGAACUCAUACAGGACCUGUACCAGCGCUGUGAGAAAAUGAGACCUACACUGUUCAGACUGGCCAGUGACACAGAGGACAACGAUGAGGCUCUGGCGGAGAUCCUGCAGGCCAACGACAGCUUGACUACGGUCAUCAACCUCUACAAACAGCAGGUGAAGGGGGAGAUAGUGAACGGCAACAACACAUUAAACGCACAGAAACAAACAGGAGGGACAGCACUGCUAGAUCUGUCGGGAUUGGACACGUCACCCCAGUCGCCACCAUCCUUCCCAGAAUUUCCCACUCCGACAGACAGCCUGAACGCCCCCUCACAGGAGAUGGGGAUAAGUCUCCUUGACGACGAGCUGAUGUCACUCGGUUUAAGUGAAGGAACGCACACCUCCAACCCCCCCUCACAGCCUGAGGACUCCACAGCCUGGGACUCCUUCCAGUCCUCUGACAGCAUAGACGCAGACCCCCCCGCAGCACCCAGUCUCCUCCUGAGUCCAGACCCACCCUCCCACUCUCAGCCCCUUUCCUCUGGCUCCACCCCGGGGAACUCGGCCCUGGACGAGCUGGACCUGCUGGGGAAGACGCUGCUGCAGCAGUCCCUGCCUCCAGAGGGCCUGCAGGUCAAAUGGGACAAGCAACAGUCCAAACCAACUCUGAGAGAUCUCCAGAGCAAGUCUGGGGCCCACGUUUCCCUAAACCCCAUCCCAACUUUUACCUCUGAACAUCCUGCGCCUCAACUCAACUCUCAGCCCGGCCUCGGAGCUACGUUGCUGGAUAUGUCCCCGACUCACACGGAGACUCCUGCUGCUGAAAUCUCCCUGACUGAUGUUUUUGUACCGCUAGAAUCCAUUAAGCCCAGUAGUCUGUUACCUGUGACUGUGUUUGACGGACACAGUCUGCGCGUUCUCUUUCACUUUGCUCGCGACUCGCCUCCGUCUCGCCCUGAUGUGCUGGUGGUGAUCAUCUCCAUGCUGUCCUCGGCCCCCGUCCCUGUCACCAACAUAAACUUCGAGACUACAGCUCCAAAGUCUAUGGCAGCGAAGCUACAGCCCCCAUCAGGAACGGAGCUCCCAGCUUUCAACCCCAUCCUUCCUCCUGCUGCUGUCACACAGAUCCUGCUGCUGGCAAACCCAAACAAGGAGAAAGUGCAGCUCCAGUACAGACUAACCUUCACCAUGGGAGAGCAGGAACACACCGAGAGCGGCAGUCUAGAACAGUUUCCUACUCCGGAGACGUGGGGGAACCUAUAGCAUUUAAACACAACCACAACCAGACAGACUCUCUGCUUUCAGACACAGCUUCCUCCUAAACCAACUCAACACUCUGCAUAAGCCCGUUUUCCUUUGUAAUUACAUUGUACUUUCUUUGAUUGGUAUUGAUUGUUUUCCCUGGAUUACAGCUCAUGCUCAGUCAGUGUAAUGUGCGUAUGCUUUGCUCUAAAUGAGUCAUGUAUGUCUAGGUCUAGUCUGCUGUAUGUGGCUGCUUUAAAAACAAACCUGCAACUGCUUCCUCAAAGUUGUUGCAGUCUUGUCAUCUUUUUAAACAAACAGUGCUUCGAAGGAGGAAAACUACCAACAGUGUGGGUAUUUGCUCAUUUGGUGUGCUUUGUUUUUGUUGGGUUUUUCUUUUUGCAGCUCGGGCACAAAGUCAAUUUAAAUCCAUGAUCAGUUGCGUUUACCUUCACCUCUGCAUGCUCUGCCAACACGGGACACAAUGCUUGCAAAAUCCAGCACACUAGGAGGGAAAGAACACGAACAUGAACAUUACAUAGACACAGGCCACAUUAGUUUGCAAAACAAAGCUCUACUUAAUCAACUUUCUGUGGCAUCUGUUCAUUUUGUGAUGAGUGAAUUUCACUUAUUUCUUUGACAAUGACUGAGUCCACUUCUUGAUUUGCAGAGAAUGAUUUUUUUGAUGGUAGUUUCCCUGUUUUUCCCUCAUCUUCCGUAAAGAGCAAGAAUUACUGUAACAUCAGAGUUGUGUAUUAUCUGCCAUAUGUGCCUAUUUUGCAGUUCUAACUUUAUUUGAAUUUUAGUGCAAUUUUGGAUGGAUUUAUUUUUCUCAUAUUACAUGUCAGUCAUAUUAGGUCUGCAGAUUGUCUGAGAUGCACAUCAGCUACAUCAUAACCUUAAAUUCUUAAUAUAUUCAGUAGGAUGAGUUACAUUUUUCUUUAGCUUGUGAUUUAAGUGAAUAUUUUAGCAUUUAUUGGGUAAAACUGAUUAUCAUGCACUUGAGCAUAUGCAAACUGAGCGGCACGCUGGUGCUCGAGCACAGUGUCCGUCUCAAACAUGUCCAACUUGUUUCAACAGUCUGCGAUGCAUGUCAGCCACGCUGAACACUUCCUCCUCCCCACAGGCUCUCAGUCACAUUCCACUGCACUAAUCUCCAAUACAACUGCUCUGUAAAUACCAAUGAUGGCAGUUCUGUUGUGUACAUUUGACUUGUGCAAUGUGCAUGAGCAUAACACUGGUAAAAUAUUCCAAAUGGGUAAUAAAGGUUUUUUUUUUCU